GGCAAUAUUACUUCUUGAAGGAAAUACUCUGAUUUGACACUAGUAAAUUUCUUCUACAUACCAGCGUUUGAAAAAUGCAAGAUCCAAACAUGCUGCUAUCUGAGGAAACUUCAGUUCCUAAGCCACGUAGAAAGAAACCCUCAACCCAAAAGGCUUCCAAGUCACAACAAGGGCACAAUGUGAAAGGGUUUCAAGAACUGUUGCCCCCUCUUCCAACUCAAACGGCGAAGAAAGCCUCAAAAAGAGCAUUGAAGAAUGAAACUUUCCCAUUGUUCCAACAACCAGAGAACUCACCCUCUGAUUCACUGCCAGACUCGUCCUCAUCUGGAAACGAGUACAGGGCACUGAGAAGAAAGUAUUUGUUGCUGGAGGAAGAAAGCUUUGGGCUAGGGAGAGAGUUGGGAGAAGUUGAAGAUGAGGUCAAAACCCUUGAAGAUGAAAAGCUUGCACUCUUGGAUGAGCUUGUUGUGUUAGAAGGCCUCAUCGAUCCUUCAGAGUUGCAGUCGCAGAAGGGCGAGCGUUUACCAUAGCUCCUCCCAAGUUAGCUUCAGUUUUUGUUUGAUAACUGAAGUCUACUUUGAUAUGAAUGCAUGGACAUUUGGUAAACUUCAUGGGCAAGUUGUGUACCAACAGAAGUUUGUUUAUAUUUAGUAAUUACCCAAUUAAAUUGUUUAAACAUCCUAUUACUUGUACUCUGAUUGUACAAAAGUCAUGCCUUCCAGAUUUGCUCCCAAAUUUCUGCGACAUAUGGAAGAAGCAAGCAAAGUAUUUGUUGCUUAA